AUGCUGGCCUUCACCCGGAACCUGUCCUUUUCAUCCAUUGACAUGAUUGCCUGGGAGAGGGGUAAACGAGAGCAAAUCUCCCGGGCCCUGAAGCAUGUCAUGAGCCUUCUCGAGACAAAUGCCAUACGUCUGAUCGGGCCCAUAUCGACGUAUCCUAUGCCAGACAUCGAACGGGCAUUUCGUGUCAUGCAGAGCGGCCAGCAUGUGGGCAAGAUAGUUGCUACUGUCGCCGGGGAAGACUUGGUUCCAGUCCGCGGUAGGACUCGCUCACUGAGAUUGCAACCUAACACUUCCUAUCUCGUGGUUGGCGGACUCUGGGGUCUCGGACGACGGAUCUGCGAGUGGUUGGUCGAUCGUGGCGCGAGGCACUUGAUCAUCCUUUCCACGAGUGCAGACACGAAGGCCGAGCGGGAUCCCUUUGUGGCCAGCCUGGAGCAUCGCGGCUGUGUGGUGUACUUGCAUGCGUGCGACGUGUCGGACGAGAACCAGCUCGCUGCGGUGCUGCGGGCGUGCAAGGAGGGAGGCGUGCCGCCUAUUCGGGGCGUCAUACAAGGAGCCAUGGUCGUCCAGGAUGCAUUAGACGAUUUCCACGCAACAACAAACCUCAAGGUCCAAGGCAGUUGGAAUCUGCACACGGUCGCAGACAACGUCGACUUUUUCAUCAUGCUCUCUUCCCUCGUGGGAGUCAGUGGUGGCGCAGGCCAGGCUAACUACGCCGCUGCUAGCACUUUUCAGGAUGCACUCGCACAUCAUCGAAGAGCCCUGGGCAAGCCAGCUGUCGCUAUAGACCUAGGCACGGUCAGCUCGGUUAACUGCGAAGCCGAAAGCUUCCAUGACAACGCCAACCGUUCUCAAAUAUCAGGCUGCAAAGCUAUGCACGAAGAGGACCUCAUGUCGGUGCUGGAGAUGGCCUGUUCUGGUUCGUGCCCCGCCGUCGUCGUCACGGGGAUCAACACAUCUCCGGGUCCUCGUUGGGAAGAGGAUUGGAUUCAGGAGAAGCGCUUCGCAGGAUUGAAAUACCGAAAAUCUCGAUUGGCAGGCUCCGGCCAGGCCCUCGAGUCCUCGCCGGAUAGCCUGCAAGCACAACUCCAAUGUGCAGCGUCGCACGACGAGGCGGUGGUCAUUGUUGUCAAGCAGAUGACGCAGAAGCUGAUGAGGAUGUUUGGCCUGACAGAUAAUGACAUUUCUUCGACUGGUAACUCUAGUCUGGCCGGCUUGGGCAUAGACUCGCUCGUGUCCAUCGAAUUACGAAACCGGAUCGCCCCACAGCUCAAGGUAGACAUUGCAACAUCCGAGCUGACUGACAAUCGUCGUACGAUAGUGGAACUUGCGGACUUGGUAGUCAAGAGACGCAGUCCCAUUCUCGUCAAUGGUGUGUAG